CAGUAGCAGGAGUUUAAGAAUAUGAAAGAACAUUGUGUAGAAGAAAGGAUACAAAAAGCAUAAAGGAAUUAGAGACAAAAGGAGGACAGCCACACCACAACACUUUGUGACCAUUUACAGAUGGACAGAUAAAAAAGAGACAGAAACAGGAAAGGAGAGGAGAGACGGCCUAACUUUGACCCGACCUUGGUGGAACUAGAGACUUUGUUUGACUGUGGUUUGAGAAUCGAUUUGAAAUCAGGUGGUUACUGUAGUUACCUGAGGCACAGAUCUGGGGUUGUGCUUCCUUUCACACAUUCUCUGUGACAGUGGAUAUUAGCCCUGCCAAUCACUGUGUAUGCAUGUGUUUAUUUGUGUGACUGUGGAACCUGGAUGUUUUCAGUAUCAGGGCUUGCUUACAAAACUGGCAUGAUCUGCUGUUCUGGGCUUUAAGAGACCAGUACAGAGGCUAAGGGUGUGCAAUAAGGCUCAUAGAUCUCUGAUCUUUAGGGAUCAGGUUUGACGUUGUUGAGCUGUUUAUGCAUGUUUCGCCCAGGGUUCUCAGUUUAAGGAGCAGAGUAUUUAAUUAUUAGCUUUAUGUGAUUGAUGGAAUUUUUAAUUGCCUAUGGAAUGUUUGGGUUUAAUUACUAUUUAGUAACACAGUAAUAAGCAUGUAAUAAACAAACUGAAUUGUUUAGCACCUGCAAAGACAUCAGUUCUUGUGUGCAGCCCUAAAUUUGAUUGAAUGUGGUUGUUUGGUUUCUCAAACUUUAAAAGCAGUUCAGCUAAUUUUGAAUCUGGUGAAAACAGUUGGCAGACUUGAUUGCACAUUGAUUUAUGGUUGUUUCGGUGAGCCAAACUAUGUUUGCAGUAUCACAUUGUCAUGCUGGCACCGAGGUGUGCAUUAUGCAAAGCGAAUCCCAGCAGGCCCGCUUAAUCGCUGUUCAGAAACACAGACUGGGCACACAGUAACAGAGAAGUGACAGCAAGGUGUAGAAAACAAGAAUAAUAAUUUAUAAAAAGCUUAUGUAACCAACAGCUUUUCUGGGAUUUUUUUAUGUGAUGUGAUAUCAGAGAGUGUUCUUAGCUGGCUACAGUUAUUUUAUUAAAAUAUUUUCUUAAUAUGGCAUGUAAUAUCAUCUAAAAUAACUAGUCAUUAAUGUUUGUAAAAAUUUAGCUCAGUCUUUGAAUGCUAAUAAGUGGUUUGUCAGUAUUAAUCAGAAAGUUAAGUGUGGAAAUUGCCAUGCAACAUGGGCGUUUUCUUACUCUGUAAACAUGGAGAUUGGACCGUUUUAAUUAGCUGAGUUCAGUUGGGUAUUAUUGCAUGUGAUAUUAGUGGCUUGAAUUCUCAAAUGCUGCUGCUUAAAUGAUUUAGUUAACCCUGCACUUAAAGCACAUUGGUGUUUAAUGUAAUAAUUUUGUUGCGGUUUCAGCUGUCGGGUGUGUGAGUGUGUGUGUUUUUGGUGAAUUGUGCAGUCAUCAACCACAGAGGCCUCAUUGAUCAGCUGCUGAGCCUCAAUACACAAUGGGACCAGACCAGCGAUCUCUCCUCCUCUCCUCCACUCAUUCUCUUCUGCUGCACUCCCUCAUUCUGCUUUCCCUCUGCCCACGGGGCCAGGCGGUACAGGCUGAGAACGUGACAGUGCUGGAGGGGGGGACGGCACAGAUCUCCUGUCGUCUCCAGAACUAUGAUGGCUCAAUCGUGGUCAUCCAGAACCCACGCAGACAAACACUCUUCUUCAAUGGAACGCGAGCACUUAAAGAUGACCGUUUUCAGAUGGUUCUUUUCACACCGCGGCUUGUGCGGAUCACGUUGACUAACGUUAGUGUGUCUGACGAGGGUGGUUACUUCUGCCAGCUCUACACAGAUGACACACACCAUCAGGUGGCCACGCUGUCAGUGGUGGUGCUCCCAGAGGUGCCCAUAGUGGAGGUGAAGAAAGAGGCAGUGGAGGGCGGAGAGGUUGAACUCAUAUGUGUUUCCCCACGGAGCAAACCACCAGCAACAAUACGCUGGGUUCGAGACCGCCGAGAGAUUCCUGGCGUGAUCUCUCAGCAGGAAAAUGGGAAGACUGUGAGUGUGUCUAACACUAUCCGUAUUCCUGUGGAGAGGAAAGAUAAUGGAGCGGCGAUGAGCUGUGAGGCAUCUCACCCUGCACUCGUGGGGCAGAAGCGAGUUCGUCACUACAGCCUGGAUGUUCACUUUGCUCCUACAGUGAAAAUCAUUCCCCCUCAGGGCAUCCUCAGAGAAGGAGACUCCCUCAAUCUCAUCUGCUCUGUUACCGGCAACCCACUACCACGUGAUAUCCAGUGGUCACGAGUGAAUGACACUCUUCCUGAGAGGGCGGAGAAAACGGCCAACAUUCUUCAUAUGUCCCGCCUUAGCCAAUCACACAACGGCACCUACCUCUGCCAGGCACAUAAUAAUUAUGGCCGUGCAGCUGACCACUACACACUGCUGGUGUAUGUGUCUCUCCCUUCCACCUCUCAUCCUGCCAUCGCUUACCCCAUCCUUCCAUCCACCAGUAAUGCAGAGGAAUACAAAGAUCCCGGGGCAGUGGUGGAGACCCACAGUGCAGUUCCGUAUGCAGUGAUAGGUGGCAUCUUGGCUCUGCUGGUCUUCACUGUCAUCUGUGUACUCAUAAUCACCAUCUGGUGCUCCGUCCGACAAAAAGGUUCAUAUUUGACUCAUGAGGCCAGUGGGUUGGAUGAACACGGUGAGGUGCAGGAGGCAUUCCUUAAUGGUAACGACGCCAGCCAGGGCAAGAAGGAGUACCUACUGUAGCACCGCCCUAGUGGAGCACUUCAAAAACACUGAACCACAGCAAAGUGCACACCACAACCACACACACACACACGGCUCCCAAACAGACUUACACACCACCACAAUGACAACAAGAGGGAAGCAUCACAAUCAUGCCAUAUGAAAAUGGAGUGGAAAGGAGAGGAUGGAGAACACAGUAAGGUGGAGAGAGAGAGAAAGAAAGAGAGAGCAAGAGAGAGGGAGAGGAUAAUUAUAAUUAUGAAAGAGAUGGCUGGAAUCACACAAAGACCGUCUCUUGUCUCACAAACACACACACACUUUCUGUUUUUAGUUGUGUGUGAGAUAGUGACAACUAGCUGUAAUUGUAGGGCCAGGAGAGAAAAGUGGCCAUUCAGAAUGGGUCGAUCCAUAACUGGCCGCGACGACAUCGCUGUGGGAAGCCACAAGGGCUUAUGAGGUAUUGAAUGUCCCAACGUGAGCAAACUGAAAUACCCUGCAUUGCCAAAGCAUCUAGGCUUCAGAGUAGAAAAUAAAUCUACCAAUGACAGCACUGAGAGCUCAAAGCCGCCCUCAUAAAGUAUUCAUAUCGGACUAUCACCGUGUUUCACCUGAUGACUCCAUUAUCUGUUCAUGUUGGCCAAAACCUCGCUCACAAACGUGUCCUUUCGACUUAGUAGUCCUGAUGAAGGAUAGUUCCUCUCGUUUUGAUCCCCUCUCUGUGACUCAGUUUCCUCCUCUCCAAUUUUCCUCCCUCUCCCUCCUCUAUCCCUCGACUAUUGUUUGUUAAUAAUUAAGGGAUUAGACAUGUUCUCUUUUAUGAGUAGAAUAAAUUGGAGUGGAUGGCUUGCUCAGAAACUGUAAAAAAGGAGCUUAAUUAUUGUGAGAGAACUGCAAGAAGCUUGACUCGGGUGAGAAAAAACAGGAAGGGGUUGGCAAAGAACGUGUGAGAAAUUUCAGUUUUAUGAUUCCUAUGACACAAAAACACUUACACAAUAAAACAUAUCUCUGAAAUUAUUAUUUGUAUGAAAACGUCUACAAAGAUAAAUUACUCUUAAAAGAUUUACUUUUGCGUGCAUUACCAAGCGAUUCUAUCAUACUAACACAGAAUAUUAACUUAGAGGUGCGAAACUGAACAAACUACUGUUAUGUCAUCUUUAAAAAAAAAAACUGAGAAAACUAAAAAAAAAUAUAUAUAUAUUUCAUUUGUCUUAAAGAGAUAUCUGAGGUCUUAAUUGUUUUUAUUAAUUAUUAUUUGGACUAUUAUGAUCGUUGUUAUUGUUAUUAUUAUUAUUAUUAUUCUUACUGUUAUUAUAAUUGUAAAUGUUAUAAAUUGUAUGCUUCACAUGCUUUUGUUUUACCUGUAGCAAAAGCCGUGUACCCACUUUUCUCUCAGCUCUUUCAUUCUCUUCAAUCUUUCUUGAUCUUACUAUCCUCUUUGUGUCUUUCUCCCUAUUUGUUUGUCUCCUCUUUGUCUUUCACUUCCUGUUUAUUUUAUAGUCUUUAUGUCGCUGUUGAUAUAGCUAACUGUACAACUUUAUAGGGGAAAGAUACCAAGCACGACAAAAUAAAAAAAUACUUAAAGAAUCUCA